UUCCUCUUUCUUAUUCUCUCUUUCUGAUUCUGAUACACUUCCUUGUAUCCACAGAACUGCAUCACUCUGUAAGCUGUCUUCGUAUACUUGGGUCUUGGAGUUUCUCUCGAUCUUCUUAUCCAACAGAAGCUAAGAUGCGCAAUCCUAGCUUACUCAAAGAAGAAUUCCUUAAAAGAUGGAUAAUUGGCCUUCGAAGAUGCACUUCUUUAAAGAAAAACAUGAACAUCUUGGAGAGAAAGAAGGUCAUAAAGUUGUCCGCUGACCUAGCCAUGGCUUCUGCUAGAAAUGGGACAACGUCGUGGAGCCGUGCCCUCAUUGCCAAUGGUACAAGAGACAAUGAUAACAGAAUCCUGGCUGAGCGAAUCUUGGGCCCGGAGUCUGAAAUUUUGGUAAAGAGAGUUUCAACUAUGCCAGUCAUGACUUGCAACAGGCCGAAGAUUAGAAGCAAGAACAUCUUGAAAAGAAGCUGCAGUACAGUUCGUAGAGUAAGAAAAACUGUGCCUCGUAAGGUUGUUGCCAACUGUAUUACAAAGAGAUUAAUUCAGAAGAGAACACAUAUUCUCAAGAGUCUUGUGCCCGGAGGAGAAUUCAUGGAUGAGACAGCUUUGAUGGAAGAAACUCUAGAUUAUAUCGCAUAUCUGCGAGCUCAGGUUGAUGUAAUGCGAUCAUGUAUUGCUAGCUAGUUCUUCCAAGCUAAUUAUAUAUGGUAUAAACAAGCUGUAAUUUACUUCGUUAUAUAUAUUUAUUUGUUUUCUUUUUCUUUUUCAA